GUAUCAAAAAUUUAAAUUCACAAAAGUGCCAUUCUGCUUUGUUAAUAUCCUAAAAUUUGACAUAAUGAUGUGAUAUAUUUAUAGCUCUGGAAGUGAAUGAUAAAUUAAACAAACCAUAAUUAACAAAUGUAGAUCCUCUAAUAUUUAGAUUGGUGAUGUAUGUUGCACCAAAUUUUGUUUUAGACGAUGAGCAAUUAAUAAUUUUGGCUGAGAUCUACAAAGAAAACACCUGUCUCUGGGAUGAAAAAGACAUUACAUAUAGGUUCAAAAACAGGCGCGAGGAAGCUGUACGAAUUGUAUGGGAAAAUUUUUGUAACGAAACCGGUUUAAAUAUGACGCAAAUUGAUAUAGAGAAACAAAUUACGAGAUUGCGAAAAUUGUGUUCUUUCGAAAAGAACAGAAAACUAAUAGCCAAACGAAAAAAAUUGAAAUAUCAACCGAAAUUCGCAUAUUCUGAACAUAUUGAGUUUCUCGAAAAGGAUGUUGGACCUUUUGAAUGCUCAACAUGUAAAAAAGUAAUGCGUGGUCCUGAUGCCUUUAAAGUACAUUUUGCUGCACAUGAUGGCUCCCUACCGUUUAAAUGUGACAUCUGCGGGCAUGGAUUUCAGCUGGCGUGUAAUUUAGCAGUACACUUACGUAGACAUGUACAUGACUACACUUUCAGUUGUGGAGUAUGCAACAAACCCUGCGCCACAUCCACGGAAGUAAAGAUUCAUAUGCGUUCCCACACCGAUGAGAAGCCAUUCGUUUGUGAUCUUUGUGGAUACAGAACACGAACAUCUUCACAUCUUUUAACACAUACACUGCGACAUCAGAAACGACCUCGUCACAAGUGUAAACUAUGUCCCAAAACAUUCUACGAAACCGGCUCUUUAUACGAACACAUGAGUAUUCACCGGAAUAUCAGAGAUAAAAUAUGCGAAGUAUGCGAUAAAGGUUUUACUACUAAUAAACAAUUACGUCAGCAUCAGCUCAUCCAUAACGCCGAGAAAAAGUACUCGUGCAAAAUUUGUGAAAAACGCUUUGCCCAAUAUGCAGGUCUCAGUGGGCAUAUGAAAACACAUGGGAACAUAAAUUCGAAGUGAAAUAAGUUGAAAUAUAUAAGAAAAAAAAGAAAAUGAAGUCUCUAAUUAGAUGAGUGGUUGGGAGUCCAAUAAAUUAAGUAAUUAAUUAUGGGUCGAAUGUAAAUCAUAGAGUUGAAUUCGUACAAAUCGUUUUGUAUAUUUUAGAUUUGUUUUACUGUUGUGAACAGUUCAAAUAACAAAUUAAAAUUUCAAUUUCUUUUUUAUUGUAUUUUUAAAAUAUAAGACUUAAAUUCAAUUAUAGUAAUUUUUAAGAUAAACCGUUCUAGCAAUGUUUUUUAAAGUGAAAAAAAAAAAUAAUUUCUUCACUAAGAAAGAAUUAUAACACUAUUCCGUGUGCGUCAGAAGACAUGUUAGCGCAGAGUUGCAAUGUAAGUGCUGCUCAUUUGUGUCAUUUGUUUGAACAUCUGGUAUAAUUCAUUCGAUUCACUGGCAAGUAAUGCUUGGCAAAUUGACAGUUAUUCUAUGAAAAUUGAUUUAAAUAACUUGAAAUUGAUCGUCAAGUUUUAGAACAAAUACGAAAAUAUUUUUUCCUUUAGAGUGAAAAUAGCAAUAUUACUGUACUAUCAUAACUACUGAUAAUAAGUUCAUUCGAUGACGUGAUAUAUAUCAGACCUUCAUAAAAUACCCGGGGCCAAGUCGUACAUAUAGGCAAGUCUGGCAUCUGCCUAA